AUGAAAAAAUUACUAUUUUUUCUCAUCAUUGGUGCCUGGGCGCAAAUAAACCCCGAUUGCUCGGAUGAAGAUAAAGAACUUGCAGAGAAAUGCGAUAAAAAUUGUCAGGAUGAGUUCAAAAGCUGCCAUGAAGCUUGUGAUUCUACAAAUUGUGAGCACUCAUGUCUUCGGGAGUUUGUAGACUGUACUGACUCGUGCCCUUGUUUUAUCAAAUGCCCUGAUGGAUGUGAAAAUUGUCCGAAUGACAUUUGCAAAAGCUGUAUGGAAUUAGAGACAAACAGAAUAAGUUACGAACAAUGUAUUUCGGAAGCAAGUUCCAUUUUCGACUCAUGCGUUAAAAAUUGCAGUAUUGAAAAAUCAUGCCACGAUGAUUGUUCUUGGAAAUAUUCUGUUUCGACCGAUAAAUGUCCCUGUAUGGAGAGAUGUGCAGAGGGAUGUCCUUGCACCGAUGGGUACGCUUGCGAGAAAGAAAUCACUAUAAUGUGUCAAGGUGACCCAAGCUUCAGUUAUGCUAUAACUCCUUCUGGCACUUUAGCGGGCGACAGAUACUUUCAAUCAGAAAUAUCAAAAUAUGAGCCUCAUCUUUUUAUUUUCUUCAAUUCAGGACACUCACUUCUAAAUGGUCAAAUGUUUUUCUUUGGCGGAGGAUGGGACGCUCGCGCGAUUGGAAAAUUGAAUGAAUGCUCCAUCGAAAGAAUAAGUUCGCGUCUUGUCAAUGAUUUCUACGCGGAAGGGGAUUCCCUUGUUGAGAUGCCAUUUUCAAACGAAAUUAUUCUUUGUUCAGACGGCUAUAGAGUUAUGAAUUGUGAAGUUUUUAACGGUGAAAGUACAAGUCAAAUAUCAAGUACAAUUUUUUAUCAUAACGGAGCCUGCAUGGCGGCUUAUGACGAUAAAGCAACUAUUAUCGCUGGCGUUUCAGGACCACAAACAGAAAUACUGUUCGAUGGUGAUUGGAGCGAGGUUGCCCCUUUUCCGAAAAAAAUCGAACAGCAUAGCUGUGUUUCAGUUAGAAAUGGAAUCAUCCUUGCUGGUGGUCUCUUAGGCGAAGAAGUGAAUGUAGGUUAUAUUUACAAUAGAAACGUUUAUUUUGGACGAGAAGGAAUUUGGUCAAUUGUCGGGAUACUUCAUUCGGAUUAUAAGUUGGCGUCCAUGAUAUAUAAUGAUGCGAAUAUAAUAAUCGCAAACGGAUAUAUGAGCGAGCUUAACGCAGUUGAAUCAAUGAAAUGGGAUGGCAACUCAAUUUUAUCGACUGCAAUUAUCAAUUAUCAUGCUGGACCAUGUCCCAAACCAACCCUAUUUGUAUCGUUGCCCUCUCAGUGCUCCGAUCCAUGUGAUGAUUUCUGCUAUACAGUAGAUGCUGGAGAUAUCGGAUUUUUAUAA